AUGAUAUUUGAAAACAGUAAAUUUAUGAAUGAUUUUGAACUUCUCGAAUUGAUUAGGCAACACUUACUUGAAGAUUGCGACUUACCUAUUACAACACCUUCAGCAUCAGCUAUCAAAAUGGAGCCUGAAGUUAGUGCUAGCAAUAGCGUUGAGACCCAAAUGUUUCCUAAUUUAUUCUCCAAUAAUUGGGAACAUUUCCCAUUGAAUGAAAAUGACCCGGAGAACAUAUUUAUUUACAGCAAUGCCAUUAAUGAGCCUUCAACAUCUGCAAUCAAGAAGCCAGAGAGAGCUCGUGGGGAGAGAAAGCCAGCGUCGAAAUCAAUGCAUUACAGGGGAGUAAGACAAAGGCCAUGGGGAAAAUUUGCGGCGGAGAUUAGGGAUCCUGCAAAGAAUGGGGCGAGAGUUUGGCUAGGGACGUACGAGACAGCGGAGGACGCGGCGUUGGCUUAUGAUAAAGCCGCGUAUAGGAUUCGGGGUUCACGUGCAUUGUUGAAUUUUCCAUUAAGGGUUAAUUCAGGUGAACCUAAACCGGUUAGGGUUGGUUCGAAGAGGCCGUCAAUAUCGCCAGAGAGUUCUUCGUCCUCGUCGUCGGAAAAUGCACCGACGAAGAGGACGAAGAAAGUUGCUCAACUGUAUAAUUGAGCAGACAGUGGU